AUGGCGUUGCAGGCAGCAAAUCGUCUCAUUGUUCCACUUGGUAUCUUGUUCGCCGUAGGGCAGGCGAGCAUCUACGAUGUCCCGGGGGGAUAUCGAGCAGUCAUGUUCGACCGCUUUUCUGGAGUAAAGGAUCAAGCGACCAAAGAAGGUACCCACUUCCUGGUUCCUUGGCUUCAAAGAGCGAUUCUGUACGACUGCCGUAUAAAACCUAGAAAUAUCUCAACUACGACCGGCUCCAAGGAUCUGCAAAUGGUUUCAAUUACGCUUCGUGUUCUGUCCCGACCUAACGUCGACCACCUCCCCAAAAUUUACCAAAGUCUCGGCAUGGACUAUGACGAGCGUGUCCUCCCCUCGAUUGGAAACGAAGUUUUGAAAAGCAUCGUAGCACAAUUCGACGCUGCUGAGCUGAUUACCCAGCGUGAAGUUGUGUCGUCAAGAAUACGUGAAGAUCUCCUCCAGCGGGCAGGCGAAUUCCACAUCAAGUUAGAGGAUGUCUCCAUCACACAUCUGACAUUCGGAAAGGAAUUUACCCAAGCUGUCGAAGCUAAGCAGAUUGCUCAACAAGAUGCGGAGCGUGCCAAGUUCAUCGUUGAAAAAGCUGAACAAGAACGCCAAGCAGCUGUCAUACGCGCCGAAGGAGAGGCUGAGGCUGCCGUAGUGAUCUCGCGGUCACUGGAGAAAGCUGGCGAGGCCUUCGUCGCUCUGAGAAAAAUCGAGGCCAGCAAGGCCAUCGUCCAGUCGCUGGCCAACAACCCCAACGUCUCAUACAUCCCCAGCAGUGGAGGUAAUGUGUUGUUAAACGUACCUUCAAAGUAG